AUGCGAAGCACUUUGGAGCUGCUGGCUCAACUGGUACAAACACGCUUGCUUGCCCAGUGUCCCGUGUUGCACCAGUACAAUAUCUUGGCCCUCGGGUUUAUCGCCAAGGGCUGCACCAAGUUCAGCUUUGAUCUCCCAGGCAAAGGCCGAUGCUUUAAGUUCGGCGACUUGCAAGUGCCCCAUAGAAAUGACAUGCAAAAGUUCCGUGCCAACCAGGUGCUGCAAGAGAACUUGGCGCGUCCUCGGUUCGGUAGAGCAGCGCGGCUGGGAUGCUGGGGCUGUUGUUUCUUGGCCUUCGAGGCCGGUGUGGUUUGGCUGUUACAGCUGUCAUCUCCAAAGGCAAACUGGCGUGCCGUGCCCUGA